AUGCGGCGGCCCAAUUUUCUCACCGGUCACCUCCUAGUCGCCACUGCCCUGAUGGCGUCCUACACCGCCCAGGCCUACAAGCAGGUAUCGUGCCCGCAAAGCGCCUUCCUCAUGCCUUGCCGAUGCAUAGAGGCCAGCAUCGGCCUGCGGAUCCUGUGCAGUGGCAUACCGAGUACCCGUCACUUGGAAGUGCCGUUCAGUUAUCUGCGCGCGUACGAACUGAACGCACUGACACUCCAACACGUCAACUUCUCCAUAAUGGUAGAUCUGUUCAAGGGCCUCAACGUAGUCACCAUUAAGAUCCUGCACUCCACCUUUCGAGUAUCUCCCACGCAAGGGCACGACGACACCACAAUCAUUCUCGGAAGUAAGCUGGAAGGCCUGGACGUUCGCCACACAGACCUGGACCUUGGCGAUGCUCACCUCGGCGCGACGGACAGCCUGAAGCACGUGAUGGUCGACACCAGCACCAUCGAAGUUCUGCGCAAAAACUGGUUUCACGGUUUGACGCGUCUGAAGAGCUUUUCGAUACAGAACACGCGUAUAGAGCGCGUAGAGGACCAAGCCCUAUCCGGACUGGACAGCGUCGAAGAGAUCAAGCUGCCUUCAAAUCGACUCCAGAAAGUGCGGCGGACGUACUUUCCGCAAUUGGCCUCCAGUCUGCAGCACCUGGACCUCAGCUCCUCGGAGGCGGCCUUCCGCGACGGAUUAUUGGUAGACUCUGGCCAAGAGUACUCCGUGGCAGCGGAUUCGACGGUCGAUACCCAGGUGGUCGGGUCGUCCUGA